GCCUCAUCAUGUGUCCUAUCUGAUCCCCACUCCUCCUCAGAGCAUCUGAGUAUGGCUUCGUGAAUCCCUGCUUUAGUUUUCUUGCGCGCGCUUCGACGUCGUUCUCCCCCUUAGCCCCAAAUUUUGACGGAGUACAAUGUUUAAAGCCCUGCCUGAAUUAUUGCCUGGCCAAAAUUUCUUAAGAAAUUUGGAGUUUUCAUCUGACAAACCCAGUUGUUCUUUUCUCUCAGCCUCCUAUCCAGUUUAAGUCGCCACCAGGUGCAACGAAGGACUUUGUUCUGGAAUCAUUUAUUUGGGAUAAGGUGCUUGAGCUGAGCACCUUGAUAACCUUGGAUAUAUAAUGCUUCAUUUGUUUCUGUCAGAGCCCAUCUGGAAUGACAAUGGAGAUGACAAUUCUGCCAAGAUGAGAGUAUCUCUCUUGAGUAAUUUGGAAUCUGUUAUUUGGUCGGUCAUGGCAUCUGGAGGUCGAUCAGAGGCUCGUCUGUGGCUUUGUAACACGAUAGCUGGCAUAAGUUCCAUCAGUCGUCACCAUCAGUGCGAGUUACUUACGAACUUGCUGAGAUCUAAGCCGCUGAAGAAGGGCUUCGCAUCUCAGCUCCUAGAAAUGAUAUUUGAGAAUAGGCCACAUAAGGCAGGGUCCAUUAUUGCCAAGAGAAGUUACAUACUUAAGAAAUUCUUUGAAGGAAAUCCAACACGAAUAUCUCAAUGGUUUUCUAGAACUGGAGGUGGAUUGGGCCAUGGACCAGGUGCUAAGGCAUUGUCGCAAUUUUCUUUUGUUAAUCGAGAUAUUUGUUGGGAGGAGCUUGAGUGGAAGGGAAAACAUGGGCAAUCACCAGCAGUGGUUGCUACAAAGCCCCAUUACUUUCUUGAUUUGGAUGUCCAGGCAACUGUGGAGAAUUUCCUUGAAAAUGUCCCUGAAUUUUGGUUGUCCAAUGAGCUUUCUGAGUCACUUAAAGAUGGUGAAAUUUUGCUCGUUGAUAGAAAAUUUUUUGUUGAAUUUUUUGUUGAUUUGAUGUAUAAAGAGGAUUCAAGAGAUGUAUGGGAAGUUACAAGUGAGUAUCUGACGGAGGAAUGUUUUUCUUCGCUGUGCAAACGCCUUCUUAUUACUCUUGAUGAGAGGGACUUAUGUGAUUUUCUUAACAUGCUUCAUAAGAAUCUCGACCCUAGAAUAGAGCACAAGGAUCCUAUGGACUCAAGUUAUUUGUUUGAGGUUAUACUUUCAAAGUGCGGUGAUUUUAGGUGCCUUGAUCAGAUAUUACUGUUAAAUGCAGUUUUUAAUCAUGGACGCCAGCUUUUACGACUUCUACGAGAUGAAGAGGGCCACGAGGAACAGGAAAAACUUGAAGACAUUGUUUCGAAGAUUUGCGGAAUCCCAAACAAUGACAGUAGCUUGGCCUCAAUAAUCAAAGAUUGCUUUAAAAUGAAGAAUAUAGAAGCAUUUAAAUUGCUGGGGCUUCAGUCAUGGGUUAUCUAUUACAGUUUAGCAGAAAAAUGCCAGACUCCCGAAUCUUGGGAAUUAUUAUUUAUGCAUAAUGAAAUAAGUUUCCGAAAAUCAGAUAGAUAUUUAUUUCUAGAUAAUCAUGGAGUGUUGGAAGGUGGUGUUUGUGAUUUGGAUCGUAGAGCAUCCAAAACAGUUAAGCACAGGAAAAAACAUAGUAGAAGGAAAAGAAAAAGGGACAUCAAUCAUGAUGACAGCGACAAUGAGUUGCUGGAUUUGGGAAACACAAAAAAUAGGCUGGAUUUGCAAUCUAAUGUUGGAAGUUGGUUGCUCUCAAUUGAUGAGUAUUCUGCAUCAUGGAACAGUGAGGAUUUACCCGAAUAUCUUUCCAAGUAUUGCUUAUCUACAUGGAUGAAGUGGGUGUUUGCACAAUGGGGUCAGUAAGCUUCAUUGGGCACAUAGAAUUGUUCAUUUUACUCUCGAAUGCCUGGACAGCUAUCAAUGUGAUAAAUGAACAUCGAAAUAUUCUGUUCUACGGUCCCUUGAUGCAUAUAAGAAAGAAUUUAGCACUGAUCCUAAGUAUAUAAAAUCAUUCUAUGUGGUGCUGCCAUCAAUAUUUACCAAUACUAUGAUGCUCAUUUUUGUGCAAGAUUCUUAUUGAAACUGUGGUUUCCACAAGGUUAUGCGCAUUUAACAAGAAAUACUGGUACUGGAGUAAAAGAUGUGAAUCUUACAUCAGGACCAUCUUUAGAAAUGAAGUAUUCGUGGUUUAUCGUCUUAAUGGUUUUAUCGAAACUCUGGAUUCUUUUUUCACUGAUGAGAAUUUUUCGCAUGACAUAUUUGGAUUAUCAGUGUAUGCGCUUUGAGCUACUGCCUUCGCAAUUCUGGUUGAAGUCAUACUAUCCGAAGAUAUUUGCUUGUCAGGUUGAUCUUUAAUCUUCUUAAAGACAGUAGCCUGGUGUGAGUGCAAGUUGUGUUUCGCAGAAGAAAUAUAUAUAUAUUGAAAAGGUGUUUCGCAGAAGAAAUAUUGUAAUAUGUUGUCAUAUCUCAUGUAUCACCCAUACCAUGACAUGUAUAUGUUGGUAUUGUACCUGGUGGAUGAAGGCUUGUAUGACAUUUAGGGCUGCUUGUAUUCAUGUUCAUCUGACUUUGACAAAACUUCAGAUUGAAGACAAGAAUCCAAUCCUUAUGGCGACAAACUUGAAAGAAGUUUCUAUGGGCUUGUGGCAAGAAGUUAUUCUUUCUGAGAUUGAAGCAAAUCUGUCGACCUCUUAAUUUACAGCACGGCUAGUUCCCGUUCUUCUAAGAGAGGAAAGGAGAAAGUUGGUAAGCAUCGUUCUUCAGAUGGUAGCAAGGAUGCAAAAUUUAAGUCAACCUGUUAUGAGAGGUUCGAUGACUUUCAUUUCUAGUGUUCAUGAUAUUGGUGACUAUAGUGACAGCCUUGUUUGAAGUUUGCAUGCUUGCUAUUAUCUAAAGAGCAGUGUUUCCAAGCUUUCUCUUUUCUUAUUUUAGUAGAUCAUAGCCUUUGUCCUUGUGCAGAUCAGGAGAUGGACAACCUGCUCUCUUUUUUCCCCAGAAAGUAUAACUUUUUCUUAAAUAAAAAAAAUAAAAAUUUCAAUCACGUAGAAACUUCUUUUAAAUGCAUUAGAUGGAGAUGGGCUCUUAUCUUGAAGAAACCGUUUUGUCAAAGUUAAAAACGAGUUUAUGAUACAGUUUGCCCUCAAUGUGGUGUACAAGCCUUCAUCCACCAGUUGCAGUAGCCUCUUAUACAUAAUC